AUGGCCAAGGACACCAUGCUCAGUCCCCCGGGGUGGGGCAGUGUGACUAAGCACGUAAUACAAGCCAUAAGUAGUAAGUGGGUGUUUAUUGCAGCGUCUACAGUUUUUUUUUUUUGUUUGUUUGUUUUUUCAGUUAUUUUGCUUGAUAUGGUGCUCAGUAAAGGAUUUGUAGAAGAUUUGGAUGAAUCGUUUAAAGACAGUCGAAAAGAUGACAUUUGGCUUGUAGAUUUUUAUGCACCAUGGUGUGGCCAUUGUAAAAAACUGGAACCGAUUUGGAAUGAAGUUGGUCUUGAGAUGAAAAGCAUUGGGUCGCCAGUUAAAGUUGGAAAGAUGGAUGCUACUUCCUAUUCUAGCAUUGCUUCAGAGUUUGGAGUUCGAGGUUAUCCAACAAUUAAGCUAUUAAAGGGGGACUUGGCGUAUAAUUAUAGAGGACCACGAACUAAAGAUGACAUUAUUGAGUUUGCACACAGGGUGUCUGGGGCUCUCAUUCGGCCACUUCCAAGUCAGCAAAUGUUUGAGCAUGUGCAGAAGAGACAUCGUGUAUUUUUUGUUUAUAUAGGUGGAGAGUCACCUUUGAAGGAGAGAUACAUAGAUGCAGCAUCAGAAUUAAUUGUGUACACAUACUUCUUUUCUGCCUCAGAAGAAGUGGUUCCUGAGUAUGUCACCUUAAAAGAGAUGCCUGCUGUGCUUGUUUUCAAAGAUGAAACCUACUUUGUUUAUGAUGAGUAUGAAGAUGGUGACCUGUCUGCUUGGAUCAACAGGGAGAGGUUUCAGAGUUACCUUGCCGUGGAUGGAUUCCUGCUGUAUGAGCUCGGAGACACGGGAAAGCUUGUGGCUAUUGCAAUUAUUGAUGAGAAAAAUACAUCAGCUGAACAUACCAGAUUAAAGUCAAUUAUUAAGGAAGUUGCUAGAGAUUACAGAGACCAGUUCCACAGGGAUCUUCAGUUUGGCCAUAUGGAUGGAAAUGACUAUAUCAAUACCUUGCUGAUGGAUGAGCUGGCGGUCCCCACCGUCGUCGUCCUGAAUACCUCUAACCAGCAGUACUUCUUGCUGGACAGACAGCUCAGGAGUGCCGAGGACAUGGUCCAGUUCAUUCACAGCAUCUUGGACGGCACAGUAGAAGCCCAAGGAGGCGAUAGCAUUUUGCAGAGAUUGAAAAGAAUAGUAUUCGAUGCCAAAUCUACCAUUGUGUCCAUAUUCAGGAGCUCUCCACUCAUGGGCUGCUUCCUCUUCGGCCUGCCGCUGGGCGUCAUCAGCAUCAUGUGCUACGGCAUCUACACGGCCGACGCGGACGGGGGCUACAUAGAGGAGCGCUACGAGGUGUCCAGGAGCGAACUGGAGGAGCGAGAGCUGGCAGACGAGAGCCGGGACCAGCAGGGGCCGCGCUGUGGAGACGCGUCCGAGCCCGCAGCGCUGGCGCCCAAAGACGCGCUAGAGAAGAAGAAGGACUGACGCUCGGCUGGGCCAGGGCUUGGCAGGGGCCGUGGCCGGCCUCUGUGCGGCGGGUGUAGAUGCUUAAUCAUGAUCUUCACAGAAGAGAACAUGUUACUUGUGUUUUGCUAAUAUCAACUGCAUGGAUUAAAGGUGUCCUGCCGUAAAUGGGGAGUUGGCGCAAGAAGGAAAUGCCUGUGUAAGACAACCAGCAAAGUCCGUCCGACAUCAGCGCGCCUCGUAGAUGUUGCUAGAUGAGUUCUGUGUGCAUGUUUGUCCACCUGAAUAUUCUGUGACAAAAUCGAGAUCUUUGGGCAGAAUAUUCAAGUUGGUCAGUCAGGCAGAAAAGAUACGUGUGUGAUGUAGAAAAGCCUCCACCUUCUACCACCCGUUCUCCUCACAUAUUUUGGAUAACAUUUAUAUGGACAAAUUAAGUCUUUAACAUUUAGGCACUUUAAGGGAAACGAGUAACUUUUCCACAGGUCAGGUUAAGAUGACAAGAAUAAAGAAAAUUUGGUUUUAUAUAGCAUAGCAAUUUUAUUUUGCUAGUAGUUUUUAAAGGAGAAAAUAGAUUACUUUUUAAAUUUAUACUCAGUUGCAUUAUUGCAAAUUUUCCUACAGACCUAUAGAGUGGGGAGAAGAGUCUCCUGUUAGGUCUCUGCAAGGCCCAGACGGUCUCACUGCCCAGGCGGUCUCCUUGGAGCAGCGAGCAGACCUGGGCCGGCUGGCUCUGUUGCUUGCCUGCGUGAGCCACCACAGCCGGCGUCUCCUCCGUUUGUGUCUAGGGUUCCUUCUACAAAGUUCCUGUGAUUAAAAGGCUCCUGCUGGUUUUUUAAAAGGAGCAUAUAUCGUAGGUUGGUGGUGGUCCAGAAGCUUCUGCUCUGCCUGUGCUGUGCACAGCGCCUGUAAGCAGGGCUUUGACACCUCCCAGCGCGCGUGUCCUUAGGGAAGUGGCAGCGCAGCCUGCGCAUAACAGUGCUGCCGGCGCUGGAGACUCGCCAUCCCUUUCUGUCAGCCACUUCAGCCAGUGCCCCCAUCUUCUGUCUGCGGCCGCGACUCGGGGAUUCCGCCCCAGGCGUGCUCACCUGGCACGUGCUUAAGCGACAGUUUGCUGUUUGCUGUAGAUGAGCUCAUCUCUGAGCUAAGUUUAGGGUGGUCAGUGGGUGACUGUUACACGGGUGAUUAUGAGUAGUUGAGUUACCCAGCGCAAAUUAGGAUCUUACUAAGCUUCUAAAAGGUUUAAUCACUUAAAAUAUGUCACUUGUGGGCCUGAUGCCGCAAUGCCAAGGGCUUUGUUCCCAGAGGCGGCCUCUGUUUACUUUGGACGGCGGCGCUUGCACUGCAACGGGCCCAGACCGCGAGCCCGGGAGCCGAGAGCCGAUCGCCGAUCGCUAAUCGCUAAUCCU